GGGAGUGCCCUGGCUGCGGGGUCCGGGAGGGUUGGCAGCUCCGGGCCGACGCAGAGGCAGGGCGGCCCUGCGGGACCUACCCGCCUUCGCCUGGUGAACUUCCGCCCCGUUCACAGCUGACUCUGGGCUCUGCUCAGGGGCAGGGACACGUGGACAUGUCAGCGCUGGCGCCUUGGCCGGGUGCCCGCGCCCCUGUGCCGGGGAGGGGCGGUGCCCUGCUCCGGAGAAGAGGCAGGGUUAUUACUUCACUUUUUCGCAAUCUGCCUGCUUCCCCGUCCGUGGUCUUUGACAUCCCGCGGGGCCGCCAGACUUCUGCGAUUUCGGAGCAGGAACGCGGGCUACUUUCUCAGCAGGCGGGGUCCCGCUGUGCGAUGCUUUCUUCACAUGUCGGAAAAAUGCUCUCCUGGCGAAGAGCACGGCCCCCCAGUUAGAGGGCGACUUUGCCAUGGCCCCUCGGGGCACGGACCAGGAGGAGUGUGAGGGCCUGCUGCAGCAGUGGCGAGAAGAAGGGGCGAGCCCGGUACUCUCGGCGGCCAGCGAGGGCCCCCUCGCGGACAAGGGGCUGGCGCAGAGCAGCCUGGCUCUCCUGAUGGAUAACCCUGGGGAACACGACGCUGCGUCAGAGGACAAGUGGUCCAGCAGGCAGCUGAGUGACCUGCGGGCAGCAGAGAGCCUGGAGGAGCCUUUCCCCGAGGUGCUAGAAGAGGAGCCGCUGCCAGAGGCCGGGGGCCCCCUGUGGACCGCCGUCCCCGUGCAGACAGGCCCCCAGUAUGUGGACUGUGCUGUCCUCCCCAUGGGUGCCCCCGCCGCUGAGCAGUGGGAAGAGGACCCCGCGGUGGUGGCCUGGAGUAUCGCCCCUGAGCCUCUGCCCCAGGAGGAGGCCACCAUCUGGCCCUUUGAUGGCCUGGGGCAGCUGCAGCCUCCCCCGAUGGAAAUCCCGUAUCACGAAAUCCUGUGGCGCGAGUGGGAGGAUUUCUCCACGCAGCCAGACUCGCAGGGCCUGGAGGCAGGGGACGGCCCUCAGUUCCAGUUCACUCUGAUGUCCUACAACAUCCUGGCCCAGGACCUGAUGCAGCAGAGCGCCGAGCUCUACCUGCACUGCCACCCGGACAUCCUCAGCUGGAGCUACCGCUUCGCCAACAUCAUGCAGGAGUUCCAGCACUGGGACCCCGACAUCCUGUGUCUCCAGGAAGUCCAGGAAGAUCACUACUGGGAGCAGCUGGAGCCCUCGCUGCGAAUGAUGGGCUUUACCUGUUUCUACAAGAGGAGGACGGGGUGUAAAACAGAUGGCUGUGCCGUCUGCUACAAGCCGACCAGAUUCCGUCUGCUCUGCGCCAGCCCUGUGGAGUACUUCCGGCCAGGCCUGGAGCUCCUCAAUCGGGACAACGUGGGCUUGGUGCUGCUGCUGCAGCCGCUGGUCCCGGAAGGCCUAGGGCCAGUCUCAGUGGCCCCGCUGUGUGUGGCAAAUACCCACGUCCUGUACAACCCACGCCGCGGUGACGUGAAGCUGGCCCAGAUGGCCAUUCUCCUGGCCGAGGUGGACAAGGUGGCCAGGUUGUCGGACGGCAGCCACUGCCCCAUCAUCUUGUGUGGGGACCUGAACUCUGUGCCCGAUUCGCCUCUCUACAACUUCAUUAGGGACGGGGAGCUGCAGUACCACGGGAUGCCAGCCUGGAAGGUGUCCGGGCAGGAGGACUUCUCCCACCAGCUUUACCAGAGGAAGCUGCAGGCCCCGCUGUGGCCCAGCUCCCUGGGCAUCACGGAUUGCUGUCAGUACGUCACUUCCUGCCACCCCAAGCGAGCAGGGAGACUGAAGUACGGCCGGGACUUCCUGCUGCGUUUCCGCUUCUGCAGUGUCGCCUGUCAGCGCCCGGUGGGGCUGGUUUUCAUGGAGGGCGUGACGGACACGAAGCCAGAGCGACCUGCUGACUGGGCCGAGUCUGUCCUUGAGGAAGACACAUCUGACCUUGAGCCUGUCUUCCCCAGGACCGCAGGCACCAUCCAGCACUGCCUCCACCUGACCUCAGUGUACACCCAUUUCCUGCCCCAGCACGGCCGCCCAGAGGUCACCACCAUGCCCUUGGGCCUGGGGACAACAGUGGACUACAUCUUCUUCUCGGCGGAGCCCUACGAGAGUGGGAACAGAACUGACCCCAGGCUGUAUCGAGAUGGGACUCUCAAGCUGCUGGGCCGCCUCUCCCUGCUCUCGGAAGAGAUCCUGUGGGCUGCCAACGGCUUGCCCAACCCCUUCUGCUCCUCUGACCACCUCUGCCUGCUAGCCAGCUUCGGGAUGGAAGUCACCGCCCCCUGAUGGGCUCCCAGGGGAAGAGAGCGUCUCUUCCAGAAGAGCUCAGUGGAUCAGAGACUGGAAAUACCCCUGCUUCUGGAAACUUAGAGCCAAGAAACUCAUGUCCCCUGCCCUCCCCUGCUGGUCCCUUCUUCCCACCGUUAGGUUCUCUCCGGGCCUGCCUACGCUCUGCCCGUGGUCCCUGCCCCCAGCCUCUUCCUGAUCCUGUGCCGCACACUCAGUGAGUGGCCCCGGAGAGGCAGAGGGGGCCCCUUCCUUCCAUGUAUCCAGCACUCUGCCUUGAUUGUUAAUUACCAGGGUUGCGGGAGUUCUAGAUCUCACUGGUUAUUUGCUUUCAGGCUGUUUCUCGGGCGCUCCUCCUGACCCGACCUGCUCCCUGCCUCCGCGACCCCUGGCCCAGCCUCUUGGCAGGCGUGCGUGCGCGAGCUGCUGCAUGUGUCACAUGUCUGUACUCUUGGGGCAGGGGGCAGCCCGCACGGCUCUUCUUGCCCGUGCCCAGCCCACUUUCUGCACCAGGGCCACAGCCCAGGGGCAGGAUGAGAGCGUGUCACAGGGGCCAGGACCGGGGCCCUUCUUCCUCUCCUCCUGGGCUCUGUGAGGCGUGUGUCCUGCCAGCCAGGCCAGGCUUGUCUGGGCUCUGGGAAGGAGGGCCCCAGGGCCUGGAGCAGCGCCUUCAGGGAUGCACCUGCUCACAACUCCGCACGGAGCUGGCAUGACUUCUCCAGGGCGAGGCCCUUUCCCAGGCGGCCCUGAGGGAGGCGGAAGUGGAAUCCCCGUGUGGAGUUGGGUGGGCCGAGGCAGUGCCUGAGGUGUCCACUCUUUGAGGAUGAGGAGGAAGAACCCCAGGACACUUGUCUCACCGCGGCCUGCAGAGCGGAUGGGGCGGGAGUCCCAGGAGGGGAAGGGCAGCUCGGCCCUGCUGCACUCUGCCAGGGCUGUGGUGCUUCCCCUGCACACCAGGGCCUGGUGCCCGCCCCCUCCUCCCGCCACUCUGCGCUGCCUCCUGCCAUUCACGUCCACUUUCUCCAGCGGAGCCUGCUUUAGCUGAAGCUCAGCUGGCUCAGCGGAAGGGUGGCCUGGGGUGGAACCAGGACCUCGAGGGCUGCUCAGUCCAGCAGGCCUCGGCUGCUCGGUGCUGCUGCUGCGUUCACUCCCCUGACCCAGGGGUGCUCCCUACUUGCCCCUCCUCACACCCCUGACCCAGCCUCGCCGUGGGCCCCGCUUGCUCUUACAGCUGCCAGCCCGGCCUCUGCAAUGGACUGAAGAGAAUGGCCAAGGGCCUGAGUCAGGGGCAGCACGCCGGAAGUUAACGUGCGUUCCUUUCUUUGAAAGCCAAAGACCCGGCUUGAAUUCUGUUACAUUCGUGGUUCUGAGAUUUCCAUGCCUUGGUUCUGGGGAGUUUGUUUUUCCAGGGAAUUGAUUUUUCUAUGUAUGUGUAUCUUUCAGUUUUGUUUCCUAGGGAAUAGGCAUGUGCCUGUCUGAGCCCCAGGCCUGUCUGUCCACAGCGCCCCCUUCACUCUGUCCCCAGCACCUCCUGAAGCGGCCUCCAGAUGGUGCCUCUUGCUUCUUAGGACGGGGGCCCAGCUCAGGAGAGACAGCCUGGAAACGGCUAAUGGUGGCGGAGGACAGGAGCUGAGAUGUGCUUUAGUUUGCUUGUAUUGUUUUGGAAAUGAAAUAGGGGUUUUCAAUGGUCAUUUAAGCUCCCUUUUUCCAAAUAAAGGUUUGCCUUUUUGCCCCUA